AGCACGGUUCGCUCUCUAGCUUGGCACACUACAUGGUUCAGGAGAAGCUAGAGCAGAUGAUCAGAGAGACACAAGAAGCCACACAUCAAGAGAAAUUAAGACAACAAAAGAUGAGAAGAAGAAGAAGAAGAAGAAGCGAGGGUAGCAUCAGUAGCACUAAGUUCAUUGUAAUGAUGGCGAUGGAGAAAUGUUCUUUUGAUCCAAGAGAGGAUUUUAGAGACUCCAUGGUUGAGAUGAUUGUGGCAAACAAGAUCAAGGAAGCAGAUGAACUUAGAAGCCUUUUGGAGUACUAUCUAUCGAUGAAUCCUCGCGAAUACCGGUCUGCCAUUCUCGAGAUCUUUUACGAGGUUUGUGCUGAUCUGUUUCGUAGCUAAGAGAGAACAAAGAUCACUUGUUUCUUUCAAAUGUUUGUGUAAGAUACCCGGUUUGUAACAAACCGGUGUUAUGGGUAAUAAAUAGACUGAUUCAGA